GCUCUUCGGGGCCCGGGGAGCCGCUGCCCGGGGGUCUGAGGCCGGCGCAGGAGCGGAGCGGCGGGGGCAGAGCAUGUGGGGGCCGCCGGCCGGCCAGCGCCCCCGGGAGUGAGCGCCAGGUCCGCGUGCUGAGUGUGGUGCCCCCCAUCCCUUAGGAUGAGUAACUGCAGCAGCCGCGCGCUGACGCUGCUCAGUAGCGUGUUCGGGGCCUGUGGGCUGCUGCUGGUGGGCAUCGCCGUCAGCACCGACUACUGGCUUUACAUGGAGGAGGGCAUCGUGCUGCAGCAGAACCAGACCACCGAGAUCAAGAUGGCGCUGCACGCCGGGCUCUGGAGGGUCUGCUUCUUCGCCGGCCGGGAGAAGGGCCGGUGCGUGGCAUCAGAGUAUUUCCUGGAACCCGAGAUAAACCUGGUGACGGAAAACACGGAGAACAUCUUGAAGACAGUUCGCACGGCCACCCCCUUCCCCAUGGUCAGCCUCUUCCUUGUCUUCACGGCCUUCGUCAUCAGCAACAUCGGCCACAUCCGGCCGCAGAGAACCAUCCUGGCCUUCGUGUCUGGCAUCUUCUUCAUCCUCUCUGGCCUGUCUCUCGUGGUGGGGUUAGUUCUCUACAUCUCCAGCAUCAACGACGAGGUGAUGAAUCGGCCCAGCGGGUCGGAGCAGUAUUUCCACUAUCGCUACGGCUGGUCCUUCGCCUUCGCAGCCUCCUCCUUCCUCCUCAAAGAGGGUGCCGGCGUGAUGUCCGUGUACCUGUUCACCAAGCGCUACGCGGAGGAGGAGAUGUACCGUCCCCACCCGGCCUUCUACCGCCCGCGCCUGAGCGACUGCUCCGACUACUCGGGCCAGUUCCUGCACCCGGAGGUGUGGCACCGCGGGCGCAGCCCCUCCGACAUCUCCAGCGACGUCUCCAUCCAGAUGACCCAGAAUUACCCCCCCGCUAUCAAGUAUCCCGAGCACAUGCACAUAUCCACCUCGCCCUGCUAGGCCAGCCCCCCUGACCAUCCCCCACCGGGGCCUGCCAGCUGCCCCCCACCCCAGAGACUGUGCGGAGUGGGGCCCACCCGUGGAUCACAGACGGGGUGCUACUGGACUGAAACUCCGCCUUGUCCCCCCUUUCUCGCUCCCUUACCGUCCCCGGAGGCCUCCCCAAUUUGGCCAUUUUGGCAGGAUUUGUGACAGGAAGUCACCCCAUCAGCCAUUUUGAUAGCCAUGGGAGCUUGGCGGGAUUCCUGACAGGAAGUCACCCUGUUGGCCAUUUUGGUAGUUGUGGGAACUUGGCAAUAUUGCUGACAGGAAGUCACCUGUUGGCCAUUUUGGCUGCCAUGGGCAGGUGCCGGGAUUCCCAACAGGAAGCCAGCUGUCAGCCAUUUUGUUUGUCAUCAUCGGGCCAGCCCCAGAUACUUUUUUUGUCCCCACAGGGGCCAAUUCCUAACAGGAAGUGACCCCCUCCCUGCUCCAAUCUCUUCCUCCCAGAUCCUGACAAGAAGUGGCUCCUCUGCCAUUUUUUUUGCCCCAUAAUGGCCAACCCCAGUUAGGAAACUGCCCAUCUGCCAUUCUGGUUAUCAUUGCACCAGCUCCCCUUGGUAUGGAUCCUGAGAAGAAAUGUCUCCUAAUGCCAUUUUCCUCAGUUCCAGAAUGGCCAACCCUGACAGGAAGUCACUUGUCAGCCAUUUUCCUUGUUGCCAUGCCAGUCCCUUCCCCUGCAGAUCAUGAGAGGGAAUGGUUUCUCCGCCAUCUUUGCUGCCCCACAAUGGCCAACCCUGACAGGAAGUCACUUGUCGGCCAUUUUCCUUGUAGCCAUGCCAGUCCCUUCCCCCACAGAUCAUGAGAGGAAAUGGUUUCUCUGCCAUCUUUGCUGCCCCACAACGGCCAACCCUGACAGGAAGUCACUCGUCAGCCAUUUUCCUUGUUGCCAUGCCAGUCCCUUCCCCCGCAGAUCAUGAGAGGAAAUGGUUUCUCUGCCAUCUUUGCUGCCCCACAAUGGCCAACCCUGACAGGAAGUCAUUUGACAGCCAUUUCCCGUGUUGCUGCACUGGUCCCCAUCCCCCAUCCUGAGAGGAAAUGGCUCCUCCGCCAUCUUUGUUGUUUUCCAAAUGAACCAGAUAGGGAAACCGCGUCAGCAAAUGGGGACACAGAGAAGGGCCCAGGCCACUUUCUUCCCUCAGAAGCAACCUAACCCAGAGAGAUGACUCAAGGGGAACUGGAAAUAUAGACACCAACGUCUGUCUGGCCAAAGCAACAGCGGCAGCUGGCUGCCAACACCUCGCCCUCAGAGACCCGCUCCCCCCUCGACUGCCAGAUGGGGGCCCCGUCUCUUUGUCUUCCCUCCACCGAAGAACGCUUGAAAAAGCCCUUUUCUUAGCAAGCGUGGGCAUGACCGCCCAUGCAUUAGCAAGGCCCAGCAGCGGCCAUUGUUAACCCAGCUUGAGGCCAGCUGCCCCCAUGCUCUGCUUUGCUCUUUCUAUUUGCUGUCUUCCAUUCUUCCUGUCUCGCCACCUUUUUUCUUUUCCAUUUCCCGGCUCUUUCCUUCUUCCUUUCGCUGCACUCUUUCCCUUGUUCCUUUUCUCGUUCGUUGCCAUUUGCAAGUUUUCUUCGAUUUCCUCCUCUCUCUGCCCUCUUUCAUUCAUUCCUUCUUCUGUUCAUUUCUCUGCACUUCUUCUCCAUUGAUUUUCUUUAUAUGUCCAUUUACAGGUUCCUUUCCCCUCCAUUUUGCUUUCCUCUUCUUUACCCUCUUUUGUUCUUUCUCUAUUAGUUCCCUUCUCUUUUAGCCACCUCCACGCGCUGGGGUGUAUCUCAGGCUGUAUUUCUUUUGCCACGGUGACUGUGGUUGUGUCUGUAGAGGGGAAAGUGUCUCCAUUCAUGCAGAAAUGAGGAAGGAGCAAAUAUAGCCAGAGGAGGAGAAAGAUGCCAGUAGAGAGCAGGAGGAAAGGAAAAUAGGGGAGAGGGAAAUGAGAGAAGGAAGGGAAGGAGAGAAGAGAAACGAGGCUGAGGGAGGUGAUGGAGGAAAGAAAAGGGGUAGGUUAUAGAUACCUGGGCCUUCAGGGAUGGAUCAGUGCGGGGAACUGGCAUCACAGCUGGGUUUAGGCACCUCCUGCUGGCUGGGCCAUGCCAGGACCCAGGACGCUUGCUGUGGACUUGGUUGGUACUGUUCGGUCCCUGUCCCGUGUGGGUAUUUUUGUGGACUCCUUUGACAAGGUCAUCUGUACCUGGCUCUGUGAGCUUCCCCAUGGCAGUGCCUCCCAGCCAGGGAGCUAAAGGAGAAUCACCCUCCUCAUCUCUUGUCAUGAUGUUGGGACUAUGACAUACAGAGGAGCUGUUCUUAUGGCAUCCAACAGAGGGUGGUAUAUGCUGGGUGGGACCCAGCUCUGGGAGGGGAGUGGGGGCUAGUGGUUAGAGCAGGGAGGGGCCUGGGAGCCAGGACUCCUGGGUUCUAUCCCUCGCUCUGAGGGGGGAGUGGGGUUUAGUGGUUAGAGCAGGGGGCCUGGGAGCCAGGACACCUGGGUUCUACCUCCAGUUCUGUCAGGUGAGUGAUGUCUAUGGGAUAUAUUGGAAGUGUGUGUGUGUGUGGGGGGGGGAGUUUGCGUGCCCUCAGGGAGUAGGAGACACCAUCUUUUGCCCCUGACCACUUAAAGGGCCAGAAAUCUCCUUCUUCCUCCACCCUUAGAAAUCCCACCUCCUGCUCUUGAAUGCUCCCUGGGGACCAGGGGACCCCUCAGCACUUAGACCUGGCAAAGGGAGGUCAAGGAGGAAGGUCAUGGCACCCCCACCCUUGGAAGCCGGUGGCAAAGAAAGGGUUAAAAAUCUAGCCCCAGAAAUGGCCCCUGAGCACAGGGCAUGGUGUGUGGGAGGGUGGGGGGUGGUGAUGAAAGCUAACUAGCUACACCCACCCCUCCAAUCACUGUGAAGGGGGGGGAAGGCGGUGAGGAAAGAGUUAACCAUAUAGCUCUAUCCUCCCCCACCCCACAGGAGUGCGGGUGAGGGGAGAAUUGUAGGGUUAAAUAUAGCAUCCCCCACCCUGAAGCAAUGGGGGAUUGUGGCAGUGCAGGGGAGCAGAUAGUGGGGGGAGGAAUUCCCCACAAGUGUGGUGACCCCUAUUGGGCGGUGGGGUGGGGGAAUCUGGCUGGCACCUGUGACUGGGGAGUGGGGGGGGGAAAUAGGUUCUUAGUCUGCGGGGUGGGAUGGGGGGUGGGGGAGGGGGUGAGGGAUGUGCAUAGUACACCAGUAACCAAGGAGGGACCCCUUUUUACUGUCAUAUAUUCUUCCUUCCCCCCCGUGCUGGGGGGGCGGGGCCAACCCCCCCUUAUUUACUCUGUACCAUAUGUACAUAGAACUAAGAGACUGCAAUAAACUUUAUUUCAAACACC